AUGCCUAGCGCACAGCAUCCCCAGGCAAAAUUUGAUCCGAUACCUCCAGAUCUUGACCUUCACUCUCUGGUAGACCGUACACCGAAUUUUCGAUGGGUCCAGCGGGUGUCCCGGCCUCAAAUCAACAGCCUUGGCCAGCAAGACUUUGAGAAGCUUGUGGCGAUACAUGUCAUAGCUGGCGGGAAGCCUCUCGUUAUCGAGGGCUGGGAUGAUGCUCUGCCCUCCUCGCUAUUUAGCGCAGGAUGGCUUGAGGAAACCUACGAUAAGAAACAGGAGAAUGUCCGUGAUAUUUCCAAUGCCUCUGACAUCCCGAUGACCACUGGGCACUAUCUACGCUCCAUGAAACAGCUCACCAAUCAAUGGACUCCAAACACGUAUCGUGACGAGCGUCGACAGCGGUUGUAUCUCAAGGAUAUCGAUUGCCCCCCCGAAUGGCGCGAUAUGCUACAGAAAAUCAUACAUCCUAACCUCUUCUAUCUCAACGAAAAUGUUGCAAGUAAAGGAGACAUGCGUGCGCGCGAUAAGGAAAGUUUUGGGAGCAUAACUGCCGCUGCCUCUGCCGGAGAUCUUAUGUCUAGCCUACCGGAAGAAAUGCGCGCCCAAAAUCUCAUGUGCUACAUAGGCCAUGAAGGAACCUACACGCCCGCCCACCGAGAGAUGUGUGCAUCGCUGGGACAAAACAUCAUGGUUGAAGCAUCACGAGAUGAAAAUGGAGAAAAGAAGGGGAGUUCGAUUUGGUUCAUGACCGAAAGCAAAGAUCGUGAAGUGGUCAGAGAGUAUUUCUUGUCGAUGCUUGGCCAUGAUAUCGAGAUUGAGAAGCAUUUCGCACAAGUCAACGCCUGGAAGAAGGCACCCUUUGACGUGUACAUUGUGGAGCAAUGUGCGGGCGAUUUUAUACUUAUUCCACCUCUCGCUGCACAUCAAGUUUGGAACCGAGGCACGAGAACAAUGAAGGUUGCUUGGAACCGCACGACGGUGGAAACCUUAGACCUCGCACUGCAUGAAGCUCUUCCCAAGGCUCGCUUGGUGUGCCGAGAUGAACAGUACAAGAACAAAGCCAUCAUUUACUAUACCCUUCAAAAAUACCACGCGGAGCUUCAAAAAGUUGCAAAGACGGCAGAGAUUAUGCAGAUUGGCUUCAUGGGCAUUGGGAGAGACAUCUUCAGGAGCUUUCCGCGUGUGAAGCAGCUGGCGGCUGACUUCAAACUUUUGUUUCAGCUAUUUACUGAAAUCAUUACUGACGAAGUCUUUGCAUUUAAAGAGAAAGACAUUGAAUUCUUGCCAUUUGAUUCCUGCGUUACUUGCUCUUACUGUAGGUCUAACAUUUUCAAUCGAUUUCUCACCUGCAAACACUGUAUCAGAUACCUGCCUAAUGGAGAAGAGGAUGCAUACGAUGUUUGCAUGGAAUGCUACGCAAUGGGCCGGUCAUGCGUCUGCCUCUCUGGCCUUCAAUGGUGUGAGCAGUGGUCAUGGUCAGAGCUGGCUGAUAACUACGAGAUUUGGAAAGCGACUGUUAUCGCAAUUGAUGGCCACGUGGACUUGGAAAAGUCUCCACAGCCACUUGAGAUAGCAAGACAGAGGGCAGGGAAGAAAUCACUUGCUCAGAUCUGUCAGGAGGCAUUAAAACGACGUCCUUGGAAGGACAUAACAAAACCAGACCGCGAAAAGUCACCCAGCGACUCUGAACAAGGCGAGGGCGAUGAUAAGCCCAAUAAGAAACCAAAGAGAAAAAAGAAGAAAGGCGAAGUCCACCGCUGCCAUGUUUGUUGCCACCCGGAUUAUAGCUACCGAAUACAUCUGUGCACGAAUCCUGGCUGUCUCGAAGGAUAUUGCUACGGCGUCCUGUAUCGGGCUUUCGAUCUCAUGCCACAGACUGUUAUGGAAGAUGAGCAUUGGCAAUGUCCCAAAUGCUUAGGGAUAUGCAAUUGUGGCCAUUGCCGCCGUGCAGGCAUUACGCAGCCAUAUAUGCCAAAGAACACGUCUCUCGGGCAUGACACUCGCCGGAUUGCGGAUGAUCGAAGUGUAGAAGCACUUGUUGAUUUUCGAAUUCAUAACUUGUCUUGGUUGAAAGCUGCGGGAGAAGAAAGUCGUAGCAAGGACAGCAAGCGAAUGCAGCUGCUGAGAGAGCAAGCGGACAACGCCAAAGCGCAAGAUGUCCUGCAGCAAUCUCACGCGCAGCCUAGGAUGCAACCCAGUGCUGUUUUCACUGCCAAUCUAGGCGAACCUUCCGCGAUAAACGGGUAUGGCGAUCAGAGCCAAGUGCUUGGCCACGAUAGGGGAGACAUAUCCAAUCUGGCUUUUGACGUCUCCGACAGACAUACCUACAAGGCCGACAACGUGCCGCAAGAUAUCACAGCUCCGCCCUUAGCUGAUGCCUCAGCCGAUGCCUCAGCCGAUGCCCCAACCGAUGCCAGAGAGCAAGAGAGUGUAGAUUCAUCACAGUAUCCUGACCCAUCGGUUUUCACACGGCAUCGAAUAGGAAUGGGAUACUACGAACAAGACGAUACACCUGAUAAAAUACUUUUCGACCCAUACCAGGCGCCCUCCGCAGAGUCAAUCCAGGCAGACGAAUCUACCAUCCCGGAUUUUGUUAAGAAAACUAUUCGGGCAGCUAAGAGAAAAGCUAAACGGGAGAAUGACGACCCCGAUUUUAUUGUUUCUAAAAGCCAUGCGAAAAAACAAAGGCUUAUUCCACAGGAAUCAAAUUUCCUUGACAACAUGGAUCCUGCUCUUUUUGUCGCUGAAACUUUGUCAGCAGUACCUAAUGAAGCAACAGCGCCUGCUCUUCUAGAUAGGGAGCAUUCUGUUGGGACGUCUCGAGGAGAGCCUAGCCACAACAUAUCGAAGACAUAUUUUGCACCAUAUGAUGCUAAUGAGCCAAUUCUUCGACAUGCCAAACCAAGGGCGUCGUAUAUCGAAAUCGACGAUCUGGAUAUUGAUGAAGUAGAAGAAACUGAGGCAGCGCCUCAGACCUCACCAACCUUGGCGGCGAUAGAAGCUCAUGACUCAGCAGUCGAUAAACCCCACGAGGAUGUACACGUGAACGGAGAAGUGCAAGGACUGAGUAGUGCUGAGGAACAACGUCCAAGUAGAGCAACCCAAGAGGCGACCGGGGAAGUUGCUCCGAAACGUCGCGGUCGGCCACCGAGAAAGUUGCCGAGAACAGCAUCACCAGUAACCACCGAGGAUGUGCCGCCGCGAGUUGAAAGCGGAAACAACAAAAAGGCGAGAGGCCGCCCAAGGAAGUCGCUGCCUUCAUCGUUCAUGGAGGCAGAUGGUAGCCCGCAGGACGACAUGGCCUUUGCUCCCGAUGCAGAAGCUCGUGAAUCGAAUUCUCCGGACUCGGAUGAGCAGACCAAUACUCGAGAUGGCAAUUUCGUUGAGGAUUCACGACAACGACGUCGGCGCUCCAGAGCUUCAGGUGUUGCCAGAAUUGGCGUCGGCAUGUCACGGCGAGAGCUGCAAACCAAGACCUCCAAAGAAUCAAAAAUUGAAGACGAAAAGGGAGAUGUUCUUCCGAAAAGGAGGAGAGGUCGCCCUCCGAAAUCUGUGGCUUCUUCAAGAAAUAGAUCUUCUUUAGAUGUAAUUUUGCCAUCAAGUUCUCAGUUUAUGUCUAUGGCUGAACGGAUGGCUCUCAAAGGCAAGUCGUUCAAGAUUGGCUCGAGGAAGCGUCAAAGCAAGGUGAAGGGUCCAAGCUUGGGACAGCAGACGAUGCCAUCAGUUGGAGAACGCCUCGCCGAGAAACAGAUACCCAAACGAGCCCCUGGGGUGGAUGAGGCGUAUCAAGAACACGAAGAGGGAGAGAGCGAAAGCCCAUAUGGCAAUGACAAGUCCCAGGGGCGCACUAGCAGAAGCAGAGAGGCUAGCAAAGCAAGAAUAUUGUCUCGGUCUAGCAGCUCUAGGGAAUCAACAGAUGACGAAGACAUACCAUCCCAUGGCCGUAUUACCAGAGGCACUCGACGUUGA